AUGUAUUCUUCUUCUCCUAGUUCUUGGAGCUCAUCACAAGAAUCGUUCUCAUGGAACGAAGGUUCUUUCUUAGAUCAAUCAUCCACUCACCAAUCUUUCUUUUGCGCUGAUUAUAAUUACUCCAAUGACUCAAAUCCUCAAUCCUUCUUCUUUUGCCCUAAUUCUAAUUACUCUAGUGAUCUUUUCUCAUUUAUGACUCAAGGAGAAACUCAAAACACCUCUAAAUCCGAAGAGAAAGAAAAGAAUGGUAGUGCUAUUGAUGAAGAAAAGCCAUACAGAGGAGUGAGGAAAAGGCCAUGGGGGAAAUUCGCGGCAGAGAUAAGAGAUCCGAUGAGGAAUGGGAUUAGGGUUUGGCUCGGGACGUUUGACAAAGCCGAGGAAGCAGCUCUUGCUUAUGACCAAGCAGCUUUUGCAUCGAAAGGGUCUCUCGCGGUUCUCAACUUCCCUGUGGAAGUGGUCAGAGAGUCUCUCAAGAACAUGGAGAAUGUGAAUCUUGAUGAUGGUGGAUCUCCAAUUAUGGCAUUGAAGAAAAAACAUUCGCUUCGAAACUUGCCUAGAGGGAAAAGGAGAUCUUCUAUUCCUCAUUCAUCUUCUUCACCUUUAACAGCAAGAAGUAAUAAUCAGAGUGCUGUGGAGGAAGGAGAUAGUACACUUUUGGUUUUUGAAGAUUUAGGUGCUGAGUAUUUAGAGCAACUUCUUAUGAGCUCAUGCUGA